AUGGCGGCGCGCGCGGCCCUGUGCGUGGCCGGCGUCGCGCUCUCCCUGUACGCGCUCCACGUGGAGCGGGCGCGCGCGCGGGAACCCGGGUUCCGCGCGCUCUGCGACCUGGGCGAGGCCGUGUCCUGCAGCCGCGUGUUCGGGUCCCGGUGGGGGCGUGGCCUGGGGCUGGUGGAGCCGCUGCUGGGCCGGGACAGCGCCGCCAACGUCCCCAAUGGGGCCGUGGGGGUCGGGUUCUACCUCCUGCAAGGGAUUCUGGGCCCCGUGCGCGGUCGCGGCGCCUCCUGGCUGCUGCUGGCGUCGUCGGUGGCGUCGGCGUUGGCGUCGCUGUGGCUGGCGGCCAUCUUGGCCUUCGUCCUCCACGACCUCUGCCUCGUCUGCCUCAGCACCUACGGCCUCAACCUGCUCCUGCUGCGCCUCAACCUGCGCCGCUGGCGCCAGCGCCCCAAAACCGCCUGAAUUCAAC